AUGCUGUCGACAUCACCGGUCAACGCCAAGUCGAUCGUCUUCCUGCUCGGCUUGCUCUACCUGCAAGCACAUACCGCUGAAGCCACCAUCUCCGCCUCGGCCGGCUUUCCUCAGGACGUCUUCGCAAAGCCAGCAUUUCAAGUCAACUUUGGGGGCGUCGGCAAGGAUGCGCCUACGCUGCCUAUCAAGUAUAGUGACGCGAUCCAUCUGCUGGAGCACCAGCAGCAGCAGCAACAACAACAACAACAACAACAACAACAACAACAACAACAACAACAACAACAACAACAAGCUUCUGUCUCUUCACCUUCCUCCGCAACGCAGUCCGUCGCACCGCACCAAACCCGCAUCUCGUCUCUGGCAGUGACAGACCGUUCAGGCUCUCAUUCAGGCAAUCAUAAAAGUGAGAUACCUCAGACGCGCUUCUGGUCUCUUCAACGCACCUCGCCAGACGAAUUUCAGCUAUGCUCGAUACCCGACUUUUCCUACACAACCAGCCAUGGGCCCUCCUCGAGCCGACCAUCGCCCUCAUUCGCUGGCACAUCGCGGCCCAGGCAUGAACUCAUUCGGACCGCGCAGACGCUGCUCGACCCUCUGAAGAAAGUGUGCCUCUAUCACACCACCGAUUGGUUCACGUACAGCUUCUGUCACGGGCGAGAGAUCCGCCAGUUCAGGCAGCUUGGUGCCGAGACCGCCGCUCAGAAGGCCUUCAAAGCUGCCGGUGGCGGUGGGGCUGGCAAAAAAGCAGCUCUCGAUGCAGCGGAAAAGGUCAACAAGCAGCCGCAUCCCGUGGCAGACCCCGACUACCCGGCCUUCAUCUUGGGUCGGUGGACGCGCCAAAAUGAAGACAUUGUCGGUGACGACCAGAGCCAUCUGCGACGUCAGCAGCAACCUCUGGUCAACGAACCAGCACAGGACUCGACUGGUGUCGCAGUGACAUCGAAUCGCGGACUACCAUCCGUCAUCAACGCGGCUGGGCUGGAUCUAGUAGAGGAAGUGCAAUUUGGCGACUGGGACGAGGAAGAGCUCUUCGCAGCUGAAGCCAAGGCUUUGUCGCAGUUUAAGGAAUCGCAAAGCAACAGCAAUAACGCUGUCGAAGCUGCUCAUGAUGCUGCUAGCGGCACCAAUGGACCAGCGUCGCAACGCCACCGCUAUCUCACGCAACGGUGGACGAACGGCACCAUGUGCGACAUGAACCAUCAGCCACGUACCGUCGAGGUACAGUUCCACUGUUCCAACCGCAAGCCUCUCGAGGACCGCAUCGUCAUGUUCAAGGAAACCACCAUCUGCAACUAUGUGCUCAUCGUCGAGACGCCUCGACUGUGUGCGGAUCCAGCGUUCGGAAGCGAGAAGGAGGAAGCUCCGCUUCCUAUUCAGUGUCAUGCGGUGGUGCGAGACGAUUACGCUGGCCCCACUGUGGGCGAUCCGAACAAGGUUGUGCAGCCUCCUCCCGCGAUUGAUGACGGGGCUGGCGCGCAACCAAUGGAGGAGGAAUCGACCGGGUCAGCCAGCACUGAGCCGCCGAAGGAGAACGAGGUGUCCGCCAGCAACGCAGACGGAGCAGGGGAAGAAACGACCACCUCGCACACGUACGGCGAUCCUUCUCGCUUCGGCUCGGUGCAUGACGACUACUACGACGAGGUUCUGGGCGGACCGGGAGCAUUGUACCAGCACUUUCAUCACGAUCACGACCAUGGCCAUGACCACGACCAUGACCACGAUGACCACCACCACCAGCAUCUGGACGAUGAAGAGGAAGAGAUCUUGGUCGAGAUCGGCGUGGAUGAAGAUGGCAAACUACACUUGACCAAGGUCAGCGACCAGACGGCUGGGGGCACCAUGGAGGCAAGGCGCCGCGAAGGCGGCAAGAAGCGCCGUGACGACGACAACGACGGUGACGGUGAGCGGCCGCUGGAGAUCCAGCUCGACAUUGACGAUUUGCUGUCUGUCUUGCGUGGCGAGGAAGGCGGCAGUCUGGAAAAGAAGCUAGCCGACAAGAUCUCGCACGUGCUCAACGAGAAGAUGCAGCAGCAGCACGAUGCAUCCACUCCUACGGAUGACGUAUCGGCGGAGAGCAGUGAGAAGCAGGCUGCGAAGAAGCAGACGCCUGACGAGGUGGCCAAGCUCUACCAGCGCCUGCUGUCGACUGUCACUGGAGGUACGGGCACGGGGAGGAAGCAAGAGGCGAAAAAGGGCAAGCAGUCGCAGCAGCAGCCGGCACUGCGCAUGGAAAAGGUGGGUGACAGUUUGUCCGAGCGCGUCAAACGCUUUUACGACGCCAAGCAGCGCAGUGCAGAAGACAAAGACGAACAGGGCGGUGAGCACAAGGCGGAUCUGCCUUUAUUGGAAGUGCACCUCGAACUGUGA